UUGUUUUUGGGGCCGUUGUAUCUCUCAAAAGACUCAGACCAAACGCUCUGGCUUCACUCAGAUAAGGAAGAAGAAGAAGACGACUCAAACCAAACAAUGGCGAUUUCUACUUUAACACUUACACAAUCUCUCUAUACACGCUCAGUUCUCCGACCCACCAUCUUCUCUUCUUCUUCUUCUUCCUCGUCUUCCUCGUGUCUCUGUUCUUCUUCCACUGACUGCGAGCCGAAACUUUCCGUAAAGAAACGCGUUUUCGGAAUGGGUUUAGGGUUCUUAGCUGCUUCGAUUCUCUCUCUAACGCCUCUGGACGCAGACGCCACGAGGAUUGAGUACUACGCCACUGUUGGAGAUCCUCUCUGCGAAUACAGCUACGCAAAAUCGGGACUUGGAUUCUGCGAUCUCGAUGUUGGGUUUGGUGAUGAAGCCCCUCGUGGUGUAAUGGUCAAUAUCCAUUACACGGCGAGGUUUGCAGAUGGGACGUUGUUUGACAGUAGCUAUAAGCGUGCAAGACCACUUACUAUGCGAAUUGGGGUCGGCAAGGUUAUUAGGGGUCUAGACCAGGGUAUUCUUGGAGGAGAAGGAGUGCCACCUAUGCGAGUAGGUGGAAAGCGUAAACUUCAGAUUCCACCUCAGUUAGCUUACGGACCAGAGCCUGCAGGAUGCUUUUCCGGUGACUGUAACAUACCUGGAAAUGCAACUUUGCUCUAUGAUAUAAACUUUGUUGAGAUCUACCCAGGAAGUAAUACAAGAUGAAGUCAAUCCCAACUUCUUUUGGUUAAGGAGAAAAAACAACUAUGUAUAUGAUGUAUAUCACCAGGAAAGUGCAGAAACUGAUAUACAGAGCGGUUCUUGAAGGUUGAUGUACUCUGUUUACAUCUGAAGAGUAAGAAUUAUUUGUUGUGCAAGUCCUUCAAAGAAUGGUAUGUUGUAUAGAUUAUAUGACCCGUGUAUGUUGUGUAGUGAUACACAUUUAUUUAAGCAUUAUGUGAUCUUUACUAUUCAUUGUUUAGAUGUUUCCCCUUUAAUUUA